GUCACGUCCGAUUCUUCCUCCUUUCUCCGAGCUUCUAUCGGCUGUGCGAGCAGCGUGAUUAUACACUCCCAGAUGAAGGAGUCCAUAAUGAACCAGGAGAAGCUCGCCAAAUUGCAGGCGCAAGUCCGCAUAGGUGGUAAGGGCUCAGCCCGCAGAAAGAAGAAGGUGGUGCACAGAACAGCGACAGCAGAUGAUAAGAAACUGCAGUUCUCCCUUAAGAAGCUGGGAGUCAACAACAUCUCGGGCAUUGAGGAGGUGAAUAUGUUCACAAACCAGGGUACAGUGAUCCACUUCAACAACCCAAAGGUGCAGGCGUCCCUGGCUGCCAACACCUUCACCAUCACUGGCCACGCUGAGAACAAACCGCUCACAGAGAUGCUCCCGGGUAUCCUAAACCAGCUCGGAGCGGACAGUCUGACCAGCCUAAGGAGAUUAGCGGAGACACUGCCCAAGCCAAGCGGGGACAGCAAAGUCCCCAUGGUUGCUGCAGAAGAGGACGAUGAUGAAGUUCCUGAUCUUGUCGAGAACUUUGACGAGGCUUCAAAGAACGAGGCGAACUAAACAGACCCCAACAAACACUUUGUCGGCUCUUAACUCGCCUCAUUUUGUAUUUGCCCAUCUCAACUGCACGUCAAGUUGAUUUGGGAUACAAACAAGUAAAAGUUGCUACAUGGCUCUGCGUUUCCACAGUAUUCUAUUUCCACUGAGGUGAAUGUGUAAACCUUGUGUUGUUCUCAGUGCUGCCACUCCUGCUUUACAAUACCAGCACACUCAAAAUGUUCUUGUAGAACUAAUCACGUAAUAAAUAUUACAUUUCAACCCAUUCA